AUGUCCAAUUCCAGCGACUCGUCCUCAUACCCGCAGUAUGUGAACCCUUACGAUGUCCUCCUGGUGAGCCCGUUCAAUCCUCAGCCUGCGCCCGAAGAUGGUCAGCAAGUACCUACAGGCUUGGAAAUGGAGAACGAGUCAAAUAACGGCGGGGCGGAUGGGUCUAAGAAGACCAAUGGUCCAUUCGGCAACCUACAGCAGACUACUUUGGCGAAUAACACCGUCGACGAUGCCGCUUCGAUGAAGUCUGUCUUGUCGAAGAACUUCGGUUCGACUGAGAACCAGCCAGAGAACGAUACACCUAGCCCUGCGAGUUCAAGCAAGGCCACUCGAGAUGAUGAGGCCAUCGACGCCGAGGCCCCUAAUACUGAGACUUCUCCCGAUGAGAUUACAGACACUGGGAUGUCGAAUGCUAUUACUCCAGGCUCUUUGGGUGACAGCAUAUUGGAUGAUGGGAUGGCCGACAAGCCCACUCUGAGGGCCCCGACAUCGGGCCAAAGAAGAGGGAAAAAGCGCAAGUGCCCGUGUUCGAAAUGUCGUGGCCACAGCAAGCCGAAAUCCGAAAGCACCGUACACGCACAUAUACUAGCCGAGAAGAUUGAGGAACGCAACAUGCUAGAACAACCAUGGGGCCAGUGCAAGAGGUGCAAAAAGACUGAUGGGCGCAAAUGCUAUCAGUGGGCAGAGAAGUCCAAUUCCUGCUCAGAGUGCACCAGGUACAAGGAGUCAUGUCAUUGGGAGUAA